UGGCUGUUAAACACGUUUACCCGGAACAAUUUGAAGUGUUUACGCAUUCGCUCCCAUAGACUGCAAUGCAGUCUGUUAUGCAGAGCGCUGUGGUUUAGAAUCCGCUUGAAUUUCCGUAUCUUCUCCAGCUGUGGUCGGACACCGUGGUCCUGAAUUUGCUGCUUUUCCUUUCUGUGGACUUGCACACAGCGCCUGCGUGUCAGCUAGCUGACUCUGCUAGAGCAAUGGCGGGGAUGCUUUGUCAUAAUGAUUGAACUUCACAAUUUUGUGCAUGCGCCAGUAAAGACAAAUUAAGUUUAAUGAUUAAAAAGUUCGCGUAAGUACAGUUGCAAUUUGAAAGUCGUGGGACUGCAAGAGCUACGAAGAGCUACGUUCUGUUAUGGCUUUAACUCGGAUGUUUGCACGUGUGGGUAGCAGUUUACAUUCCUUGUCCAGAUGUCGCGCCCAAGCCCUGUCACCAGUGAUCCCCGCGCGCGUUCGGACGGGCGGCAACAGACGAUGGCAACACACAGCUCCACAGUCUAGUAGCUGUAGUUGGCAGCUUCGAGAUGACUGCUUUGCACUGCGAACAUAGACAAUCAACCCCAUAUGGCGGAAGGUCUUAGUAGCCCAAGUUAGCCCAAGAUCGCCAGUAGGCCUGAGGAGCAGCUGCACUCACGUGAAAAGCUGAACUACGGUGGGCUCGUGAUGCACCUGGAUUAUGUGUGGCUGCGGGACCACUGUCGAUCCGCGUCCUGCUACAACACCAAAACCAACCAGCGCAACCUGGACACGGGAAACGUGGAGCUCACCAUACGGCCAGUGAAGACCCGGGUGGAUGAAGAGUCGCUCUUCCUCACGUGGCCGGAUGGUCAUGUGACUCGGUACGGCCUGGCCUGGUUGAUGGAGAACAGCUAUGAGGGACAGAGGCAGAGGGCCAUGCAGCCUCGCAUCCUGUGGAACUCGGAGAUCUACAGCAGUGCCAAGGUGCCCAGUGCCAGCUGGGACCGGUUCAUGAGCUGCAGCCAGGAGCUGAAGAGCUUCCUCAACAGCUUCCUGCUGUACGGCAUCGCCUUUGUGGACAACGUCCCGGCAACGCUGGAGGCAACGGAGUUAGUGACCCAGAGAGUGAGCAUCAUCAGGGAGACGAUGUACGGCAGGGUGUGGAACUUCACCUCAGAUUUCUCGAGAGGGGACACGGCCUACACCAAACUGGCUUUGGAUCGCCACACCGACACCUCCUACUUCCAGGAACCAUGCGGGAUCCAGGUGUUCCACUGCCUUCGGCACGAGGGCACUGGAGGACGGACGUUGCUGGUGGAUGGCUUCUACGCCGCAGAGAAGGUGCUCCAGCAAACCCCGGAACACUUUGAGCUGCUGGCGCGUGUGCCCAUCAAACACGAGUACAUCGAGAACAUGAGCGACCACAGAAACCACAUGAUCGGAAUCGGCCCAGUGCUCAACGUGUACCCCUGGAAUAACGAGGUGUACAUGAUCCGGUACAACAACUAUGACCGUGCUGUGAUCAACACGAUCCCCCAUGACGUGGUGCAGCGCUGGUACGUGGCCCAUCGACAGCUGACCACCGAGCUGAGGAAGCCUGAGAAUGAGCUGUGGGUGAAGCUCAAACCAGGAAAGGUGCUCUUCAUUGAUAACUGGCGGGUUCUGCAUGGUCGGGAGUCCUUCACUGGUCUGAGGCAGUUGUGUGGGUGCUACCUGACCCGGGAUGACGUUCUCAACACAGCCCGUUCCCUGGGUCUGCAGGCCUGAGGGACCCCAGCGGCACCAAAGCACUCCCCAAAACACAGCCUCAUCCAGCACCAAAACACAGCCUCAUCCAGCACCAAAACAUAGCCUCAUCCAGUACCAAAACACAGCCUCAUCCAGUACCAAAACACAGCCUCAUCCAGCACCAAAACACAGCCUCAUCCAGCACCAAAACACAGCCUCAUCCAGCACCAAAACACAGCCUCAUCCAGUACCAAAACACAGCCUCAUCCAGCACCAAAACACAGCCUAAUCCAGCACCAAAACACAGCCUAAUCCAGCACCAUAACACAGCCUCAUCCAGCACCAAAACACAGCGCCAUCUAGCACCAAAACACAGCCUCAUCCAGUACCAAAACAUAGCCUCAUCCAGCACCAAAACACAGCCUCAUCCAGCACCAAAACACAGCCUCAUCCAGCACCAAAACAUAGCCUCAUCCAGCACCAAUACACAGCCUCAUCCAGCACCAGAACACAGCCUCAUCCAGCACCAAAACAUAGCCUCAUCUAACACCAAACCACAGCCUCAACCAGGACCAAAACACAGCCUCAAA